AUGGCGCCCGGCGCUCCUCAUCAGGCCCGCGCGCUUGCCAAUGACGUCCGGGACUGCCAGAAAAAGAACAAAACGAUGCGUGCACCAACGCAGUCCAAGGCAGCAGCGCCUGCUGAAAAGGCGCUGGCUAAGCGACUGAGCACGGUCAUCGGCCUUGCGAAGAAAAACGACGUGGCAGACGAAGUGUUCCUAGUCCUCCGGGAGAUCCCAGGUGUGGGCGCGAACCUGCCAACCGGGACUGCCAGUUUAGCACGUCGCCUCGCCAGGGAAACCGCUGCGUGGCAGGAGCGUGCUGGGUGCCAGCGCAUGCCGGGCGAAUCGACUGGCGCCACCGAGGAGGAACGCAGGCUGGCGUACAGGCUUCGGAACAUCAUGCCUGCGUACCACGCUGGCGAUCUCCCCGACGAGGACCGCCAAACUUUGGAACGCCUCCCGGGCUUUGCGGCCAGCCUGGAAAGUGCCGCCGCCCGUCUCGCCAGGGACACUGCUGCUUGGCAGGCGCGCGUCGGGUGCCAGCGCAUGCCGGGCGAAUCGACUGGCGCCACCGAGGAGGAACGCAGGUUGGCCCACAGGUUGCGGAACUUCAUGCUUGCGUACCACGCUGGCGAUCUCCCCGACGACGACCGCCAAGCUUUCGAGCGCCUCCCGGGCUUUGCGGCCAGCCUGGAAAGUGCCGCCGCCCGUCUCGCCAGGGACACUGCUGCUUGGCAGGCGCGCGUCGGGUGCCAGCGCAUGCCGGGCGAAUCGACUGGCGCGACCGAGGAGGAACGCAAGUUGGCCCACAGGUUGCGGAACUUCAUGCUUGCGUACCACGCUGGCGAUCUCCCCGACGACAACCGCCAAGCUUUCGAGCGCCUCCCGGGCUUUGCGGCCAGCCUGGAAAGUGCCGCCGCCCGUCUCGCCAGGGACACUGCUGCUUGGCAGGCGCGCGUCGGGUGCCAGCGCAUGCCGGGCGAAUCGACUGGCGCCACCGAGGAGGAACGCAGGCUGGCGUACAGGUUUCGGAACAUCAUGCCUGCGUACCACGCUGGCGAUCUCCCCGACGACGACCGCCAAGCUUUCGAGCGCCUCCCGGGCUUUGCGGCCAGCCAAGACAGUGCCGCUGCCCGUCUCGCCAGGGACACCGCUGCCUGGCAGCGCCGUGCCGGGUGCCAGCGCAUGCCGGGCGAAUCGGCCGGGGCCACCGAGGAGGAGUGCCGGCUGGCCCGCUACUGGCGGAACAUCAUGCCUGCUUAUGUCGCGGGUGACCUCUCUCCGGAGGACGAGGCGGUCUUCGCUGAGCUCCCAGGGUUCAACGCGUUCGCGGCAUGGCGCCAGGCUUCGCCGGGGGAGCGCCUCCGACAGCGGGAGGAGAGGCAGCGCGACAAGCGCGCCGCCAAGUCAAGAGCCGAACAGGCGGCCUCGCAGCAGCGGCGCGCACUCUUGUCCGCCAUCCCCGGCCGCAAUCAACGGCGUCUUCCUGAGAGCGAGCGCAUGCUGCACGGUGCCUCCUCGACCGCUGCUGCGCGCAGGGACGCUGUUUUCCAGCGGGCGGCGGAGGUGGACGACUACCUCCAGUCGCUGCGGUUCUCUGCUUGCGACUACUGCGAGAGAGGAUGGUGGGGCACGACGCGGCGUCCGCCUGCUGGCUCUUCCACUACCGACAUCCAGGAUAAGUACAUGAACUUCAUCCUCGCGGACGAGGAGGAGUGGCUGGACCCGCGGAGGCCAAUGUCCGUGCAGUGCUCCCAGGACGUGCAGGCAGCAGCGCGCAGGGCGGCCGACAUCGGCGACUCUCCCCCGACCACGCCUCGGCUGCUCACGUCGUUCAACGACAUGACGUUUGGGCGCACUCACGAGGCGCUCGACGCCCUGACCUACUUCGAAGAGCAGCUGCUGUCUCCGAUCCAGCCCGUGGUGCGCAUCUUCACUCUGUAUGGCACUGGGCUCACUGAGGCACGUGGUCACGUCGCGAACUGGGUCCAGAAUGGGCCUGAGCUUGUUCGCGCCAUUCCCUUGAAGGCGGGUGACGCCAAGAUUCUGCUCGUCCGCCGUUUCCCGAAGGAUCCCCAGCGGAAGCAGCGGGCCCCCUUUGUUGUCAGCCGCCAGCGACUGGAGGCAGCGUUGCAACAGCUCCUGAAGCCGGAGGAUCAGGGUGGGCAUCGCGCCUUCCAACGCAAUCGCCUCGUGCGCAAUGGCCUCGCGCCUGUGAACUGGGACAACUUGAGCGCGUACGACGACACGGGCAGGGAACCAGAAGGCAUGGAGGUCAAAGUGGUCGAGCAGCACGGGCCGCUCUACCUCGACAAAGCCCUGCUUGGGAAAUGGACGGCCCUCAACUUGGAGCUCCAACUCAACGGCCAGGUGCGCCACUUCUUGGAUGGCAUCCCCCCGCCGGACCCGCGAUCCGACGCCGAUGCCGAGCAUUCCUGGGAGGAGCGGGCAUGGCCGUGGCUGUGCAAAUUCGCGCGUGACGCCAUGCUCCAACGACAGCCGCCUGCUCGCGAUGGCCAGGACAUGACUCCCGACAGGAGCCCCGAUGGCGCCCGCCCUCCACCCCCUGCUGUCGACCAGGAGCCGCCGCCCAGUGCCGACGCCAAGGUGUUGAGCGACACGGCCCUGGCAUGCUGGCUGCGAACGUGGGCACGGUGGUCCGGGUGGGAGGACAACGCCGACGUCCUGCACGUGCUCCGAGACGAGCUCACUGCGGUCCAGGAGGUGGACGCCCUCCGGCACAAUGCCGCCGAGCAUUCCGGAACGUGGGACCCGGAGAACCCUGGCGCCAAGCGCUCCGAGGAGGAGCUCCUCGAUGAGUUUUGGGAGGAGCUGGUCGAGGAACACGGGGGCCUCGCUGAGCAGACUCCGCCCUUGCAGGCGGCUGCGGGGACGGCCGCUGCCGCGCCUCCGCGACCGACCGCGCCUGUACGCCUUGCUCCUGACCGGCAGCAGGCUCCGCCGCAGCCGGCGGCAGGGCGCACGGAGCCGCGGCCUCCGGAGAGACAAGCGGACGAGACCUUCGACACCGCCAACAUGGACACGCCUUGGUACAUCAGCGCGGCCUUCGUGAAGAUCUUCCAGACGGGGGAAGGGCGAGAUGGCCGGGCAUUGCGCCACCCCCGCUUCUUCUACUUCGCCGUGAACACGCUGCUGCGCAAUAAGGCGUACCAAGAGUACGCGCCGCAGCAGCUUCUUCACAUGGGCAAAGCUGGCAUGACCCGCGUCCUGUGCGCCUACGAGACGAAUCUUCCUGGAUCUGCGGCCGAGAAGCUGUCGCAGCGGCCUGACCUCGAGUCCAUGCUUAACCAGCUCGAGGAAGAGAGCGCGCAGCAGGCUGCGGAGCAAAUGCCUUCUCGCAGUGCCAGCUUGACCACUCUGACCAACACCGUGGACCGGUGGCACCGGGACUACCUGAGCGCUUCUGGGAACCAGUCGGACGAGGCGGUCGAGCAGGCCCUGCGGCAGGCUCGGCGUGAACUCGCACAGUGGCCCGCUGCCCCGCAGGCCCCGGCGCCGCCGGGCAUGCCCCUAGCCGGGGAGGCCGGCGCUGCCGCCACGGUCCAGCGCAGCGCGGCGGACCUCCUCGCUGAGCGAGCUCCGCUACUGCAUUCUUUUCAGGAGGCCAUCGAACAGCACGCCCGGUACCGCAGAGAUGCGGAACAAGGUGGGUGCAUUCCCGCGCACUUUAUCACGCUCACUACUGCCAUAUACCACUGGUCGGACUUGGCGCAUGUGCUCGACGAGUUUGAGACUCAGACGACCUCCUAUCGACAUGGCCGCUGUGACCCCCUGGAACCCGGCGAGGGGGCGUUGACAGACGGGAAGCGGCGAGUCCUGCAGCACCCUGGCGUGGUGGCGUGGUUCUGCGCGCUGAAGCUGCACUUGUACGCGUCGUACGUGCUCGCUUACGACGACUUGUUCGGUGUCUUUGAGUGGGGCUCUGGCGGCAUCCUGCACAUGCACAUGCUUGGGUGGCGAUUCCCUGGCUUCGGCCGCUACGACUACCUGCAGGGGGACGUCCCGCAGACGCAGCGCCGCGAGGAUGCGAGGGCCAUGGCUUGGCAGCACGGCGCCGAGCUAUCCGAGUGGAACCCUUCCCGGCUCGACCAUUGGGAUACUGCAGGUGGAUUCGACGAAGACCUCACUCCCGAAAACCCAGCGACAGAGUAUGGUCCCGUCCCCGUCACGGAUGCUUCUGACUCUGACCACGAUGGCUGUGGCGCGGGAGCGGCCGCUGAGGAACCGCCCACCGCAGCGGAGACGGCCGGCAUGGCCCGCCUCCGUGCUCUGCUGCAGGACCCGACGUGGCACCCCAGUUCUCUGCCGAUGGAUCUAAAACGGAUGCUGCUCACGUCGCGUUCGGUGCUCGUGCGACGCAUGCGCCGGUGGUACUACGCAGCCCUCCUCACCAAGACCCACAUGCACGACCGCCACUCUGGCGAGCCGGUGACGCUGCAGCCUGUUUUCGGCGAUGACCCUGCCACGGAUUCGUCGGAUAGUGGGCGCGACGGGCCUGACCUGAAGGGGGGGGACGGCGUCUGUACUGAAGUGCGGGUGCUGUCCUGGAAUACAAAUUUGGCAACCGAGUGUUCUUUUGUCGUGUCGGCUGCCAACGAGUCGGACGUCCUGUGCCUGCAAGAGGCCACCUCCGCGUCCGCAGCGUGGUUGCAAGCUCAGCUGCAAGACGCGUUCGACGUGAUUACCCCGACGACAUGUGGGGGCGCCUGGGAUGCUGAGGGCCACGGCGUCGUCAUCGCAGUGCGCACAUCGAUGUUCGAGGUCUGCGCGACCCGGUUGCACAAUUUACCAUCUGACCAACAGCGGGUGCUCUUGACGGUUCGUCUCCGUGAACGCGACACGCACUUGGUGAUGCUGGUGGCGACUGCCCACUUGGAGUCUGGGGCUGACCUGUCGGACGCUCGCCGCGCGCAGCUGGGUGAAGUCGUGGACCUGCUUCGCGACCCUGGCGCGGACGCUGCCGUGUUCGCCGCUGACUGCAACCUGCGCAGAGACGAGAACAUUGCAGCGUUGCAAGUCCGAGGGCUCGGCGAAGACGUCUGGGAGCUCGCCGGGUGCGAGGCUUGCGCCAAAAUCGAGCCUCACACUGAGCACAACGAGGGAGGCCCGAGCUACUACUGCGGCAAGCACUUCGAGAAGGCCCGGAUCCGCACAGGAGAUGCGGCCAUACUCGAGGACGAGCGCCGCAAGGGCCUGCGGCGGCUGCACUUGCCCAGAAAUUGUGCCCACGUCAACAGUCACAUCGUGGCUCUGGCAAUUGCGCUUGGAGCCAACACUGACGGGCAGCCCAUUCUGACGGCCAAGGGCGUCGCUGAUUACGUCUGCAAGUACAUCACGAAGUACGGAGCCGGAAUGUCUGUUUCUGCGAGGAUCGCGUCGCUGCUCGACGACAUCGUGACACGUGUUCCUGAGGGGAAGACGAUGACUGUGGCCUCCCUCUUGGCCAAGGCCUUCAUCGCGACUGCCGUGCCUGAGUCUCUGUGUUGCUUGGAGGCGUGGCAUAUCCUCUGGGGGUUGCCCCGUGCGGUUUCUUCGCGCUACUUCCGGGGCCUCAAUAUGGACGGUUUGACCGGCGUCAAGCAGCCCGCCGAGGACGCCGGCGACGAGGCCCCCAAGAUCACCAAGACCACUGUCGUCGCCCGGUACUGCAACCGGAUGGAUAUGGUUUGCCACCCCCCGCAGCUGCACGCGGCGCUCUCCCACUACACGUUGUUGCGCUUCAGUGCCGAGGUUGACCAAGACCGCCAGGGAGCUCUGCGCGCUCGCCGCGGAAGGCCGCGCGUCAUGAACUUGAAGCCUUACUUGCAGCUCGACGUCACGAAGCCGACGGCGGCGAAGCACGCGAAGAUGUCGCUUCGCAUGCUCCGGCCUUGGCAGGGCUACGCUGAGGUCAAUGCGGUGCGCGCCCGUGGGCUCCUCUGGGACCGCGACCCCAACAACCCGGCUUGGUCUGUGAGGGAGGCUCUGCAGCACGCGCGGGCGAAGCCCCAUCAGGGGUGCCUCAGAGACACGUUGACGGCGCUGCAGGCCGUCGACGGCCCGCUGCCACGCACGCGCACUGCUCUGGUCGAGGUGCUCGUUCUGCACAUUCUUUCCGUCGAUCUGGAAGAUUUCUCCCGGAACAAGCGGGGCGUCAUGAACAAGAAGGGCCUGCCCAAGUACGCCCUCGACAACGCAGCCCAGGCGUGGCGGGACUACCACAAGAGCGCUGCUCACGCAGAGGCCGCCAAGGCGCUGGCCCCGGCCAAGCCGUUUGCACCGUUGUGGAAUUCCUUCAAACGCGUGGUGCUCGGAGAGCGCGGGCUGCACGCGGUCGCCGCGCCGUCGCGGAGGGUGUACUUCUCUGCUCCCCACUCGAGGCCCGCGGGCCCCCACGAGCCGGAGAGGGACGGGCGCUGGCGCGAGCCCGUGACGGCACCUUCGGCCUGGCAGCUGGCGCCAGAGGACGCUGAGAAUGCGCGUGAUCGGCAAGUCGCCCGCACUUUUGUGCGCAGUGCUGCUUAUGAGCAGAGCAUGGGCGGCGCCGGCGCGCAACUGGGGUUCGAGGUGCCCGUGCCCGAGGACGACGAGGCUCUUGAAUGCCCCGACAAAGGCACCAAGUCCGAGUGGGAUGCUUUGUGGCCGGUCGAGCACUUGGUCAAGAGACAGGGCAUUGGCCGCGCUUCCGACUUCGCCAACACCGACGCCAGCCUCUCUUGGGUGAAGCCCGCCAGGGAGGGCGGCGCCUCAGCUGCAGACUACGCCGCUGCCAUGCGCGAGCACCCGAAUCCGGCGGCCGCACAGGAGGCACCCGUAGGCUUGGACGACUUGGACCCAACGCAGCGCGCUUUUGCUGACAUAGUGCUGUCGUGGGCGAGUGCGCCGUCCGGCGAGCUGUUUGCCAUGCUCCUCGGCACGGCGGACACUGGCAAAACGACCACCUUGCAGGCAGUGUUGGCGUGCCUGCGACAGCGAGGCGCCAGCUUCGGCAAGGUAGUUGUUGCCGCGUUCACUGGAGUCGCCGCCAGCAACGUCGGCGGCGGCGCCCGCACGCUCCACGACCUGUUCCAGCUUUCCAAGGUGAACGCAACUUCUGGCGAGCUCGCGCCUCUGAACGGCAAGGACUUGGAACAGCUCGCUGAGGACCUGGAUGGCUUGCGUCUCCUGGUCAUUGAUGAGGUCUCGAUGGUGUCUCGGCCGAUGUUGGCCGGCGUUGACAGGCGCCUGAAGGAAUGGCGGGCGUGCCGGAAGCAUCUCCGCAAGGAGGCCGCCUUCGGCGGAGUCGGCGCCAUUCUCGCGGGGGACUUCGGCCAGCUGCCCCCCACCAAGGCUGAGCAUGUCUCCCUGCUGUGCCCGAGUGUGUUGAGAGGUGCGUCCGCCAACCUCGGCUUGCGAUUGUUCCGCAGCUUCACCACCGUGGUGCGCUUGCGCAGGAUCCACCGCCAGCCCGGGGCAUCGCAGUACAAGGAGAGCCUGAUUCGGCUCCGUGACGGGGCCAUGACGAAGGAGGACCACGCCCUUUGGAGCACCCAUGACCUUGCCGCCGACGCACGCACGCUAUCCGCGGCGGAGCGCUCCAGCUUCGAAGGCGCCACGCACCUGUUCGCCGAGAACGCGGGCGCUGGGGAGCGCAAUGGGCUCAUGGCCGCCCGCCUGGCCGACACGGAGCACAGGCACGUCCUCAGAGUUGCUUCUAAGGACAACACGGCAGCGGCAUCACGGCAGCCAUGCGACACGUUCGGCCAGCUUCGCAGGGUGAUCCAUCUUGUCCAAGGCUGCCCGGUGAUGCUCAUCUCCAAUCUGCGAACGCCAGCUGGCUUGGUGAAUGGGGCAACUGGCACACUCGUCGGCGCCGUGCUUGCCCGCGCCCAGGCAGAUGCGGACCUGCGAGGGGCAGUGUCGGCCUCAGACGUGGCGUAUGUUGUGGUGGACAUUCCGAAGUACAGGGGCCCUCUGAUUUACCCCGGGCAUCCGACGUGGGUUCUGAAGGACAAGCUCUUCCAGUGGCGGGGCGCCUUGGAGGAGCGCAUGGACGCACUCCACGAUCAGACCAUGGCUCUCGUCACGGGCUUGCCGUACGAUCUUGAGGAGGACGUUCGCUUGCAUACACAGUGGUCGGAAACCAAGCUCGGCCGGCCCCUCACGGGCGAAGAGACUGCGGACUUGAGAGAGAUGCUCUCCGUGCGCGGCCUACGGCGCUCGCACACAAACGCCCCCGGCAAGAUGCUGUUCACUCGCCUGGAGCCGACGACGACAAGGACGCGCGCGACCUCGACCUUCACCCUGCUGGCGGGGGCGCCAACCACGCACGUGACGCUCCCGAACUUUGUCCCGACCUUCAGGGCGAGGGCGCCGAGGAUGCAUUCGGCGUACCUGAUUCGGAUCCUGGCCUCGACGGCGAGGGCGCCGACUCAGAAGCUGAUGAGGGAUUUUGCGGUCUUCUAUACCAAGAUGACGCAGCUGUGCACGACGCCCUUGCGCUCAACGUGCGCCUACGCGAAGCUGCUGCAGAAGGCCUGCAUGAACGCAGGUCUGACCACGCAGCUCCCGGAGAACCGGAUCAGAUGGGAGUUCCCCUUGCAGCCCCUCCACACGGAGCCGGACACCCUCGCGGCUGCAGUCGGCGCCAUCGUUAACAUGGUUGAAGCCAGCCACUGGGUAGCACUCAGGGUCGUUGGCGGCAGAAUCUGGCUCUUGGACUCGGUGGCAGCCGGGCCCCAGGAGUUGACCUUUGCAGCAUACCGCGCGCUCAUCGCCCGCCACCGGUGGACGUACACCAUCUGGCCUUUGUGACACGCAUGCGCGCCGCCCACUUGGGCUGGAGGCCGGCACCGUUUUCAAGCAGGUGCUGCCCGUCGGGCUGUUCUUCGCUCAUGUUCAUGAAACCCAUCGUGCUUGCGGGUGCGGUCUACCUGUUCGCCGGCGUCGGCUUCGGAACCCAGUCGCAG